AUGUUUUUAAAAUCAUUUGUAUUUUUUUUAGUCCAUAUUUUUAUCACAUGUAGAAAAUGUAAUUCUUAUUUUUUAAAAAAGAAACAUUUUGAAAACUUGUUUUUUGUAAAUCGGAAUAUAAAAGAUUGUAAUAAGAAUGACAAGAAAAAAAAGGUGGUCAAAAUAUAUGGAAAUAAAAAAAGAAGAACGGGUGUGUCCUACUUUCCUCUGAAAUUUAUAGAAACAAAUAGGAAUGUUAAUUUGAAUGAAAGAUUUUAUAGGAAAUCCGUUAAGAGAUGGGUUAAGAAAAAAGAGAUCUAUAAUUCUACAAGAAUUUUUUUUUUUAAGUCUAAUGUGAGUUUUGCACAAGGAGGGCACACACCUCCCUCGCGAGAUGAUAACGAGGAUCGCCAUGUCUGCACUGUGAAUAGAAAUGGGUGUGGCAGAAAUGGUUGUGACAUGAAUCGGUGUGGCAGAGACCUGCGUUUGAGAAGUAUGUGGAGAUGUUCUAGUGAAUGUAUCGGGAGCAGGCUGAGGAGUAGGACCAUCACGUGCAGAGGUUGUAGAAAAGGAAAAAAAGAACUAUUCGCAAGCGAAUUUGAAAAAGCAUUUAAAGAAAAUUUUAACGAAAGUGAUAGGUUGAAGAAAAGCGAAUUAGUGUCUAUAUUAGCGUGCAUUUGCACAAAUAUCGUUAUUGAAUUUUUAAAGAUUAAGGAAGAAAAGAAGACAGAAAAUAUUGAUUACUCCUUUGAUUAUAGUCUUAUGAACAUCCUGAAGUUGGUUAAUUUUGAAUAUGAUGUGAAUGCAGAACUUAAGAAGAAAAGAAGAAAAAAGAAAAAGGAUUUAAAUAAAAGAAAAUUUAAAGGGGGUGAAGAAAAUGAACUUUUGUACGAAGAGACAGAGGAAAAUGUAAAUAUAAAUAUUGACAAUAAAAAUUCCAAAGAAGAAAAUGAAAAAUUAGAUGAGUAUAUCAAAAUGAUGGAAUUUAAUACUUUGGAAAUUAAACAUAUCAAACCGUAUAUCGAUUUGUUCUUUGGAAAAAAUAUGUAUGAGACUGUAUUUGUUAAGAACAAUAUUGACAUACAAAAAAUAUAUGACACGUUAAAUAUAGCCCUUUUUGAAAAAUGUAAUGAAAAAGAGAAUGUUAUGGAAUUGCAGAAGUUUGUAGAACACGAGGAGCGAAACUUGCACAAGAAUAAAAAAGUUCAUGUCAGGAAUGCCUCCAAAUCGUUUGAUGAUUACAUGACAGAUUUAAGCGAGUUGGAAGAGAGGAGGGAUGUAAACGCUGUAGAAAGGAUCCUGUACAAUGGUGAGAACACAGCUGCACAUCAGACAGAAGAAAAGAAGAAAAAAAAAAAUAAGAAAAACAGGGAAAUGGAAAAACAUUUGGGGAGAAGUAGGAAAAGGGAAAGCCAUAGUUUUGGAGGAGACAUAGGGGAAGUUCAGGAGGAUGAGAUGAACGAUGAAUGGAGUGGAUCGGAUGACGAUUGGAUUUUACCCGGAGAUGAUAACAGCGAUGAGAGAGGAGGAAGUGGUGGAGGUGGUGGAAGUGGCAGAAGUGGUGAAAAUGGAGAAAGUGGUGGAAGUGGCAGAAAUGGUGAAAAUGGAGAAAGUGGUGAAAAUGGAGAAAGUGGUGAAAAUGGCAGAAGUGAUGAAAAUGGAGAAAGUGGUGAAAAUGGCAGAAGUGAUGGAAGCGGAGGAGAUAGGCAUGCAACACAAGGUAUGAACUGUAGGAACGAAAACCAUGAGAAGCAAGAAGAAAUCUCUGCGAGUGAAGAAAACACAGAAAUGGGGAACACAAAGAGAUAUGAAAAAUUAUCGGGUAAAAAGGAAGAGAAAGAACAGGAGGAGGAUGAGGACAGAGUUAAAUUAGAAAUUCUGAAUUGUAUUUCAUGUGAAGUAUUUAAUAAUGAAGAAGCAAAUGAUAAUGAUGAUGAUGAUGAUGAUGAUGGUGGGGUAAGAGGAAAAGAGAAAAUUGAAAAAAGGGAUGACAACAGUAUCAGGGAAGAAGGUACGAAGGGUGAUACUAGUGGAAACAUCAUUUUGAUAAAAUUUGUAUAUGACAAUAAGUAUACAUGUGAAUUUCGAACCGAUAUAGGUGUGGUAGCAUAUGAGGUAUAUGGAAUGAGUAUAUCAGAUGAGUUAAAGGAAAGCAUGAAAAGAAUAUAUAUUAAUAGUAGUGAUAGUAAAGUGUGUCUUGGGGAUGAUUUGUUGAAAGGUAGUUCGUUUGAGGAAUUAUUUAAAGAUAUAAACUUUGAAGAACUUUAUGAGAUGCCUUAUAAGAACCGAUUUUCAAGAAAACAGAAAAUCAUUAAAGAAAUGAAUAAAAAAAUAAUAGGUAGUGAAGAUUUAGAAGGAAUUGAUAUGCAUAGAUUACUUUAUGGUUAUUUAAAAGUAUGGGAAGAAGAUUUACAUUGUUAUGAAUUAAAUAAAGUAGAAAUAAAAGACUUGGAGCAAUACAAAGAAAAGGUGAGAAAAGAAAAAAAUGAAGGAAAUAAUACAAGUGAAAAAAUGAAAUACAAUUUUUUGCACAAUUAUAAAGAACAUAAUAAAAGUGUAGAUAUACUAAUUGAUAGUGAUAUUUACAAAGAAAUUGUUAGUAGGGAAAAUGGUAAAACGAAUAAGAAUAUUUAUGAAUUGAGUAAGGAAGGAGAUUUUUUGAAAUAUGACUAUAUUUCUUUUAAUUUGAAAUUAUUUAUUAAUAAUAGGAAAGAAAUUAAUAACUAUGAUGAUUUAGUUAGGGUGCUAGCAUGUACAAAUUCCAAUUUAAGUAGAAUCAUAUUGAAUCGUUUGAAUAAAAUAAAGGAAGAUUUCUUUUUUGUCUCCAUUGAGGAGUUUUUAAUGAAUCACCCUUUUGAUGAAGAGGACGAAAUUUUUAGCUUCAACAAAAUUAUGCACAGAUGUAUGGUUGAGAGUAGAUAUUAUUCUCUUUUUCCAAAUUCAGACUAUAGAAGCAAAGGGGGGAAAAAAAACAAUUUCAAAUUGUUUUACUUUUAUGAUGGUUUAUCAGAUGGUAAACGCGAGAGGAAUUUAUUCCAAACGGUUAGGGAGCGCAACAUUUUCUGCACCAGGGGAGAGAGAAGGGGCGAGCCAAAACAGGGAGAGGCCAAACAGGGAGAGACCAAACAGGGUGAGGCCAAACGAGGUGAAGAAAAAAAGAGAAAAAAAGACAACAUUAGGAAUGGCUACCCAAGAAGUAGUGUUCAUAACGAGGAAGACACGCUUAGUGACGAGAUAGAUGCAGAUUUGUUCCAUUUUGAGAAAAUAGAUAAUAUUAUUGGUUUAAGUGAGGAUAGGUGCGAAAGGAAGGACAGUAAAAACGGAGGGAUUUGGGCUGAUAAUAAUAUGGAAUAUAAUAAGAGUACUACCAUAAAGGGUAAGGAAAAAAAUAAAAACGAAAAGAUACAAAUUGGAGAUAAAGGUACCACAAACAAUGAGAAAAACAAUAAUUAUUUAGAAAAAGUUUUAGAGAAAGAGAAAAUAUCAAAGGAUUUUUUAAGUUUAGAGAAAAUGGAUGAUAAUGUAAAAAAACAUAUUAAUGUGAUAAAUUAUGAAGAAGCCUUCAAACAGUUGAAGAACGAGUUAAAGAGUAAAUCAAAACAGAACAAACAGGUCGUUGGAAAAAAGGACAACAUUGCUAAGGAUGACAUUUCAGUAGAUGCAGGAUUGAGCGAUAUGGAUGAAAAAGAAAUUGAAAGAGAAAUUAAAAACAUUUUAAGGAAUAAGAAUCCCAAUGCAGGAGAAAAUCAGUUGCAUCAAUUUGAAGAGAAAAAACAAGUAGAUGAAGAAAAAUUGGGUGACAAAAAAGAAAAUGAGAAACAUGUUGAAGAAAAAAAAAAAAUUGAGGAAUUUUUUAAAAAUAUGAAUGUUGAAGUUAAAUUAUCAAAGAGCACAUGCGUGGGGUGUGGAAUACCCUUUCAAUCAAAGGACCAAAAGAGGUUCGGUUUUUUGAAAGAUCACGUGUUUGAUAGGGUGGUAAAUAAAGGGGAAGGACACGAGAGGAGUGACAUACUACGUGAUAUUUAUGACGAAGAAGAGGUGGAGAAGGGAACAGAUGUGGAGAAGGAUGCAAAGGAGGAGUGGAAGAUCGAUGUGGAUGACAGUGAGAAUGCACUUGGGAAUUCGCGAGGAGAUGAAGAAAUGUAUAAGGAAAAUGUUUUGGAGGAAAGGAGUAGGAAUAUAGUUGAUGAGAUGGAAAUAAAUAAGAAAAGUGAAGAAGACGAUAGUAAAUCGAAGGAAGAAAAAAGAAACGAGAUUGAGCAUACGUUUAGUUCGAGGGGAAGUGCAGAGAGAGCUUUAGAAAGGUGUAUUAUUAUGAAAGAUAAGUAUGAAAAAAGAAGAAUGGAUGAAAUGAAAGUGGAAGAAGCGAGUGAGGAAAAGGUGUACCUGUGUGAAAGAUGUUUCAACUUAAAAUAUAGAAAUGAAAUAAGCAACAACUUAAUAAUUAAUUAUAGAAAUAAUAAUGAAAUUAGUGCACUUGAUUUCGAAAAGUAUGUUAUAAAUAUUUUCAAAAAGAGAUGUUGUAUUAUUUACAUCGUUGAUAUAUUAGAUUUGUACAUUUAUUCGAAUUUGAAAAAGUUGAUUUCUUUAUAUAAGAAGAUGCACUCAGAUAAAAGUAAGAUAGAAGGAUUUUACUUUUGUGUAAAUAAGGUUGAUCUAUUACCUGAUCAUAGAGAAUUCACUGUUAAGAAUUACGUGUAUAAUUUUUUAAGAAGCAACAAAAUAAAUGUGCUUUUUAGGAAUAUAUUUUUGGUUAGUGCCAAGACGGGGUUCAACGUGAAGAAGCUUCUUUAUACUGCUUAUGUUAGAAGCAGGAGCGUUCUUAAGAGGAAGAAAAAGAGGGGUAAACGAAUGGGGUUCCAAUUGGAAGGAAGCGAGCGUGAAGCAUACAGUGGUGAUGAAGAGGAUGGUGAAGAGGAUGAUGAAGCAUGCAAUGGUGAAGAGGACGAUGGUGAUGUGGAGGAUGAUCUGAAUGGAGAAAAUCCUAACUAUGGAGAAGACUGGGAAUGGGAAGAAGCUCUGGGAGAUAAGAACCAUGUGGAGAGGAGGAAGCACAGUUUUGAAGAGGAUCCAUUAGGAAAAAUUGCAGAAAAGAAUAAUAAAUUUUUCAUAAAACAUUUGAACAUUUAUAUUAUAGGAAAUGCCAAUAGUGGGAAAUCCUCCCUGAUAAAUUACAUACUUAAAAAUGUAAAAAAAAAGGACAAUAGAAAUAUUCAAAUUAGCAAUAGUAUUAUUCCAGGAACAACUCUAAAGAAUAUACAAAUAAAAUUAAAUAAAAAUAUAACCAUUAAUGACACCCCUGGAAUUAUUUCAAGUAAUUCCAUUUUGUCAUAUCUGAACUAUGAUGAAAUGAAAUAUGUGGUUUGUACAAAAUUGAAGAAGAAAGUAUCAGCAAUAUAUAUAAAUAAAAAUGAUUAUAUUUUUAUUGGUGGGCUUUUAUAUAUUCAUAUUUUAGAUAUUAAAAGGUUUUAUUGUAUCAUGUCUUUUUUUAUAUCAGAAAAAAUUCCUAUUAUAAAAAGAAAGAAUUUUUCAAAGGAUGCAACUGACUUUUUAAGGAAAAAAAUAAAAACUGGAUUUAUUUAUCCCCCGUUCUCAGUUGAAAGAUUUGACCAAUUAAGAGAUUUCAAAAAGUGUUAUUUUAACAUAACAAGCCCGUGCGUUAAUAGUGAUAGUGGCAGUUAUGACAUACAUGUACAAGGUUUGGGGUGCAUUACAUUUUACUCCUUUGAAAGUAUUGAAUUUAAUUUGUAUACAUUUAAAAAUGUGGAUGUCGUUUCCAGGCCUUCCUUAAUGCCAUAUCAUAGGAAGUAUGGGAAGUUGAACAUUUCGAAUAAGGAGUUGUAG